ACAAAAGACCGGCGUUGGCCAGACAUUUUGUUUGGUUUCCUUCGAGUUGGCUGAUAAAUUAAAUAAACGCACCGGAAUCACGCCACCAGCCCGGGAAGAGAACGCGUACCGCAAUCACAUUCGAUCUCAGUCCGCAGUAACAGUCGCGCGAAAUGGAUUCUUGGCUGCCAUUGGAAUCUAACCCCGAAGUGCUUUCCAGCUACAUGGGAAAGCUGGGAGUUUCCCCGCUCUGGAGCAUCGUCGACAUUUUCGGCAUGGACGAUGAGCUACUCGAAAUGGUCCCGAAGCCGGUGAAGUCCUUAAUAUUCCUGUACCCGUGUACGGGCGAUAAAGACAAGGAAGCAACUGAGGAAGUGAAAAGUACUGGCUCAUACCCGGAAGGACUCUUUUUCACUCGCCAGUACAUCCACAACGCGUGUGGUACGAUUGCUUUGAUCCACGCGCUGCUGAACAACCCGGACAUCGAGAUCGAAGAAGGCAGUGUGCUGAAGAACUAUUAUAACGAUGCAAAGAAUUUGUCGCCCGAGGAGCGUGGCCGACUGUUGGACAAAAACGUAGAGUUCGUAAAGGCGCAUGAGGAAAAUGCCCAAGAGGGCCAAACAGCAACGCCCGCGUUGAACGAUCCAGUUUUUCACCAUUUCGUCGCAUUUGUCCACGUGGCUGGGAAGCUGUACGAGUUGGAUGGUCGGAAGAAUGCGCCCAUCGUUCACGGCGAUACGACCGCCGACACGAUGCUGAAGGACGCGGUGAAGGUGUGCCAGAAAUACAUUGCUCAAGAUCCCACCGAGGUGCGCUUCACACUGCUCGGGCUGGCACCAACGCAAUAGACACGAACGGAAGGAACUGGAAUCGAAGGAUGAUGUCUGCAAUUAUUGUAUCUACUCAGCUGAGAGCGCUUUUGCAUACGUGUGGCCAGCUUAAAUAAAGGACGCAUAUUUGUCCCUAACGCUCGACAGGUUUUUCGGCUUGAUGUGCUUCGGUUCAACCAGCAACACAAGCGUUUAUUAUACUGCCCCUUUGGCUUUACGAAUAAAAUUCGAUUGAAUAAAA